GUUUGAGAUCACAAUUCGCCAGUCCAUUCGCUACUCGCCGAUAGUGCAGCAGCUCUGGAGGAGGGGUGGGCGGUACUUCCUGUCGCUGGGCUGAAUAAGCCGCAGCUUCCUGAGUAACGUGGAGCGGAGAUGGGGUGCGGAUACCGUUUCAUGAUAGAAUAAGAACAAAAUAUCGGAAAACUCUUCAAAGGACCUCCAGACAUCAGGAAGAGGAAUGGCGACAGAGUUUGAUUUGACUCCUCCAGAAAUACAAGAACCCACCUUCUUUGACAAUGUCCUGCGUUAUGGCUUGUUUCUUGCAGCAAUUUUCCAAAUCGUCUGCAUAUUAUCAAUCUUGCUGCCUUCUAAAUCACCAGAGCCGGAGUGGGAACAAUUUGAGUUGAAGCCUUCAGAUAUCACUAAAAAACAGAAGCCUAUGACACCGUCAACAGGAAAGAAGGCCAAGAAAGAAAGCAAGAAAAAGAGAUAAAUGACUGGACGUCUACCAGAAGAAGAAUAGCAGCAAUGUUUCUGUGGUGGUUCUCGUUUUGUAAUCAUUGUUCCCGAAAAUGUUUUUUUAUUAUUCACUGCUAUUUAUACGUUUGAUUUAUACAGCUGUUUUUCACGUGUUUGAAGUCAAAUUGUAAUCACCAUAUGCUAUCUAUCUUAAUGCCGCAAUAUUUCAAAAUGAUCCUAACUUGUAACCAACUUUGUUAUGUUAGUCACUUUAACAGUUAUACAUGAACCAUUGAAUGCUGAUACAUAUACUUCUAUGAUGUAGUUGACUGUGGUCUCAGGGGAACAGUUUAUGUCCAACAUUGCCCCAUUCUUGCAUGCCACAGAGGAACUACUCUUUGUUUUAAAUGAUCCCUGAAUUGUAACUCUGCUUAAAUUUUAACAAUGGGCAAUUAUAGUGAGCAGGGAUAAAUCAUCCAUCAAGUCAUUGGGCGAUGACAUAUUUGAUAAGACUUAACAUUUUUAUUCAAGUGCUACUAAAGCUUCAGGACGUAAAAAUCCACCAGAGCUCUCUUGGUUUUCUGCACGUUUAGUAGACUUAAGUAAACAUGUGACUUAUUUCUAGAGAAGAACAGAGGAUAGAAACUUUUAUCCGGAUGCUCUGCUUGGUUGAAUGGAACUUGCACAUUGGCAAUGAAGGUCAUACGUGAUAAGAGCAGAAUUUGGCCAGUUGGCUCAUCAAGUCUACCCCGCCAUUCAAUCAUGGCUGAUCUAUAUCUCCUUCCUAAUGCCACUGUCCCACUUAGGAAACCUGAACGGAAAACUCUGGUGACUUUGCGCCCCACCCAAGGUUUCCGUGUGGUUUCCGGAGGUUUUUGUCAGUCUCCCUACCUGCUUCCACUACCUGCAACCUCCGGGAACCGCACGGAAACCUUGGGUGGGGCGCAAAGUCUCCAGAGGUUUCCGUUCAGUUUUCCUAAGUGGGACAGGGGCAUUACUCCAUUCUCCUGCUUUUUCCCCAUAACCCCUGACACCCAUACUAGUCAAGAAUCUAUCUAUUUCUGCCUUAAAAAUAUCAAUUGACAGUCUCCAUGGACUUCUGUGGUAAAGAAUUCCACAGAUUCACCACCCUCUGACUAAAGAAAUUCCUCCUCAUCUCUUUCCUAAAGAUCCUUUUCUAAAAAUCUCUUUCCUUAAUUCUGAGGCUAUGACCUCUGAUCCUAAACUCUCCCACUCAAGGAAACAUCCUCCCCACAUAUGUUAGCAAACAAAUUAAUUUCAAAAUGUGCAUAGAAAAGCCCAAUGACAUUACAUGUUUGGAACGUGAAGUAGCAUGUUGGCCGUGUGCUUUCUGUUUUGGUCUAUA